CACCGACAGGCUCAGGAUGUGGCAGGAAGGCCCAGAGACGACCUGCGCCGGAGUCUGAGUGGAUCACUAUUUGGCAAGAGGCAGAAAGGCGGGACUCGGCGGAGGAAGAUUUUUUGUCUUCAGCGCAAAAUCAGCGUCAAGAUAACCAUGGUCAGGCCGCCUGGUUUCCGGCGGGGCCCCAUCUUGGCUCCGUUAUCUUGACGCAGCGGGAAUCGAACGGAGGUAAAGCGGAUCGAUUCGCAGCCUCGGCGGUUGAUCGGGUUCGUGCGGGGGCGCUGAUCGGCUCAACGCAGCGUUUCCUCGUCUCCUCGGCCUCCAGGUGUUAGUCUGACCCCGGCCUGGAUGCAGCCUGUCCGGAGCCCAGCCUAGGUCCUGGUGCUCCUUCUUUCCCUCCACCCCCUCCCUCCUUUCCCUACCCUCCUCCCCCCUGCUCCCUCCUUACAUUCCCCCCUCCCCCCCUCUCACAUCAACACACCUGAAGUGACCUAGGCCUGUGUCACACACAUCCACUCCAUUAUUUAACCUGGACCAGCAGCCUGGCGGGCUGCCCCCUACAGGUGGAUGAAUGAAGACCCCAUUCAAGAGCCCAGCGGCCCCGCGGCCCCGACCAGAGGGCGGACAUUCAGGUGUGUCUGCAAACAUGAUGAAGAAAAAGAACCCGCACAAGAAGCAGAGGACCAGUGUUGGUCCCAGUAAAACUCUGUCUCCGCCCAGGAGGAACAUCGUGGGCUGCAGGAUCCAGCACAUCUGGAAGGAGGGAAGUAAGUCGUCUCAGUGGAAGGGGACGGUCCUGGACCAGGUCCCCGUAAACCCGUCCCUCUAUCUGAUCAAAUACGACGGCUUCGACUGCAUCUACGGCCUGGAGCUGUACAGUGACGAGCGGGUGGUGGGCCUGGAGGUGCUGCCCGACCGAGUGGCUCCGGCCCGUGUGAGCGACUCGCUGCUGGCCGAGACGAUGAUCGGUAAAGCGGUGGAGCACAUGUUUGAGACGGAGGACGGGCCGAAGGAGGAGUGGCGGGGGAUGGUUCUGGCCCGGGCGCCCAUCAUGACGACCUGGUUCUACAUCACGUACGAGAAAGACCCGGUUCUCUACAUGUACCAGCUGCUGGACGACUACAAGGAGGGAGACCUCCGCAUCAUGCCCGACUCCAACGACAGCGUGGCGGCGGAGCGGGAGCCCGGCGAGGUGGUGGACAGUCUGGUGGGCAAACAGGUGGAGUACGCCAAAGAGGACGGCGGGAAGAGGUCGGGGAUGGUCAUCCACCAGGUGGAGGCCAAACCCUCCGUCUACUUCAUCAAGUUCGAUGACGACUUCCACAUCUACGUCUACGACCUGGUCAAGACGUCCUAAGACCAGGAGACCUGGUCCAGAACGUCCCGCAAAGACUUCACGAGUCCUGAUCCACCCCACCAUUAACCCCCAGCCCCCCCGCCCAGUGAAGACGAACCACAGCUCGGGUUCAAAACGUCCUGAGACUCAUCUCGAUCUGUGGAGACGCCAUUAUUUCUGUUCUUUACUCUCGUCUUUGAUGAAACGCCUUAAAAACAGAAAAGAACCAAACGUUGGGUUCAGAACAACAAACCAGCUGCAGGUGGUGAGACGAGCGGGGACUCAUCCUCUCUGUCCAUUUACAGACGACCAGUGACUCUGCGUCUGGUGUGAAUCCUGAGGGGACUCGACCCUGAGACCUUCCAGUCGACACGUCAACCGAACGUCUCGUGGUGGGCGGGGCUUCAGCUCUGAGUCUGACGGGGUCAAUGAAGGAACGAGACGUCAGGAACCCCCUGAACUCUCCGACCCAUCAGGUUCCAUCGUGUCUCCAUGAGGAGCACGUGUCCAAUCACAGAGCAUUACUGCCCCGCCCCCCCGCUGGUCCCCUGUUGACUCACAGCCGCUGUGGAGGACCCGGAGGACACACACUCUGGGAUCUGUUUGUGUUGAUGGCCUUGAGCUGCCGUCAGGUCGUGCUGCUCCCGACUGGCGGAUCCAUCAGGACACUUUUAAGUUGAACUUUUUUUAACUUGUUUGUUUCUGUUUCAGCCUCAGUUUCAUUUUUCAACAAAAAGCUUCGACUUGUGUGUUUUUUUUAUUUUCAUCGGAUGUUUUUAUAUUUGUGCCAAAAUAUUUCCAGAAAAGUAUUAAGUGUUUUUGAGCCUCGGUGAAAAAGAUCGUUAUGAUAAUGCUGCAUCAGUUACUGAUACUUUAAACACCAUUUAAUAAAUGACUGUAAAUGUGAAAUACUGGGGGGGGGGGAGCGGUAUCUCCUCAUCAGAUCUUAAUGGUAGAGAAUGUCCAAAUUUGUACGUUUCUCUGGGUUCUGAAUUGAUCUGUCCACAAGUUUAAUAAAAACCGAAACAAGGUCAGAAUAAGAAGUUAUUCCCCCUCACUGAUGCCCCGCCCCCCCCACUGCAGGUUCCGACGCUGGACGUUUAAUAAAAAUCGGCAGUUUUUCUGUUUUCACAUCGUGGAACUGGAACUUUGUUUUCUCUGUAAUUCUCAGUUGUGUUCCAGCUCUGGAUUUUCUUCAAUCGGAAAGUCGAGGAUUCAUCUGUUUAUUGUUUUUAUGACUGUAACAUGCCGACUGACAAAUCACUUCACAGCUCCCGAUAGAGAGUUCAAGAAUUCAGACCAAUGGGAGCUUGAAGAAACUUUCUCAAUCAUCUCACAUCCCACCAAUCCUCCGCUCCGAGCCCAUGUAGCUCCACCCACCAAACUCCUGAUGCAGAAACUGACGCAUUAACCUGAAAAGAAAAUGUUUCAAAAAAGAUUGUCUCUCUGAUUCCAACUGAUUUACAUCGAGAACAUGCCGGGUGAGAAUCUAUAAUCUGUAGUCCACAACAUCUAGAACCUUAUCUGCUUCAGCCCUGAUCUGGAAUCUGCUGUUUGCAGACGUCCUGACAAAGUGAAUCUAGAAACUGGAGACGCUGGAAAGUUUAUUCUGUGGAAGUUUUGAAAAAAUAUCUCCUCAUCAUGGAACCUGUAGUUUCUGAUUCCAGAACAGGAAGAGUCUGGCUCAGGACGGGAUGGUGGUUCCACAGUUUAUUAGCAUCCUCUUCUAGAACCUGUGGUUUGUGUUCCGUGUUUAGAACCCUCCCACUCUGACUUAAAAACAAUGCUUUUCUGAAAGAGUUCAGAAUCUAGAACACAGCUGGUGUGGAUGUUUGUCUCAUGUUGUUUAGAACAAUUUACUUAAAUCAUUUGUUCUGGUUCUAAAAUCUGUUUUUUGAACUUUCUUGAACAUGCGGUUUCUCGGUAGCAGCCUCACGUUCUGAUUCUAGAACACAUUCAAAGGUUCUUCAUGUCCAGAGGAGUCAUUUUCAGAGAUCAGAACAAAGCUGUUUUGUGGAUGUAAAUGUUAGAAAAUGUCCGAACUGUUCUGGAAUCAGAAGCGAUCAGUUUCAGAGGGUCAGUGAUCUGGGGAGGAAUCAGUCAGUAGCUUGACAGAAAGUUAAAGUUAAAUGUCUCAUCUGAAAAGUUUCUCACGUCAGACACUUGAUGUCGUCAGCUCGGAGCAGCUGGAUUGUGUUUGAUUUUCAGAUCAGGAUUAAUUGACGAAUUGAAUGAAUUGACAAAUGAACAGAAAACAGUAACAACCACUUUGUGAUUAAAUAUAAAGACUCGUCCUCUGAGGUUUGUUGAAUCUCCUCAUGCUCCUCGAUUCACUUCGUCUGACGCAGAGAAAUUAUUUUAUUACUUUUACAUUUAACGUUAAUGUGGAUAUAGUUGAGAGGGUUACCCACAAUGCAUCUGUCUUCAGGCUAAAAACCACAGGAUGUUUGGAGUGUGUGUGUGUGUGUGUGUGUCAGCCUGUUCAGAGCAGUGUUGUUUUUGCAUGCCUCUAUAGCUCUGUGUAAAUCGAUGUGAGUUGCAUGUCUGUGCAGUUUUCAGUUGAUCAGCUGAUUCUGUCGUCGUCGCUUUGGUGCCUUUUCAUUUCAGUUCUCUUUUUUUUCUCUGUUACAUUUUGUACUUUGUGUCUGAGGCUGGUAUUUUAUGGUUAUUGAGCAAAAAUAAAAAAAUAAAAAGAAGAAAUCCCCGUCCAAACAGAAGAGACAUCAGUUAUCAUGAGGAGUGGGAGGUGAUGUCGGCUGUGAGUUCUGUUUCGGUGGAUUGUCCCUUUAAAGAGUGCCAAGUCCAGAUGCCAGUGUUGUACAGCUCAGUGAAAAACUCACUAUUUACUAAAUAAACAGUUUCUGUUGUUUUUCA